AGUGGCCGCCAUUCCAGCGAGCGCGACCGAACGCGCGGCUAAAUUCAAAAUCGUUCCUUUUUCAAAUUUUCUCUUUCCUUUUUAUUUUUCAUCACGUUCCGUUUAAGUGCCAGUGUGGUCGUCCGCGAGCAAUUGGCGUGUGAAUUGAUUUUUCAUUUUAAAGAGCCAGAAGCCCGACCCAGGAUGACGCUGGAGCAGCCGGCCGGCGAGAUGUGGCAGAAGAUCCGGGAGGAGCUGAACGAGAAGGCCGACACCAAGGAGGCCGACUUAGCCCACAUCAAGGAGUGGCUGAAGAAGGAGCCGCAUCUACCUGAUGAGUGGGAUGACCAGCGCCUGAUGACCUUCCUCCGAGGCUGCAAGUUCUCCCUGGAGAAGACCAAGCGUAAGCUGGACAUGUACUUCACGAUGCGCGCGGCCGUCCCUGAGUUCUUCACCGACCGCGACGUCAACCGCCCCGAGCUGCAGGAGAUCUUGAACAUGGUUCAAAUGCCGCCCCUACCCGGUCUGACCCCUGAUGGUCGUCGAGUCAUCCUCAUGAGAGGUCUGGACAAAGACGCCCAAACCCCCAACGUGGCGGACGCCUUCAAGCUGGCGCUGAUGCUGGGCGACGUGAGGCUGAACGAGGAGAAGGAGGGCGUGGCGGGAGACAUCUACAUCCUGGACGCCUCCGUGGCCACCCCCACGCACUUCGCCAAGUUCACGCCCACGCUGGUCAAGAAGUUCUUAGUCUGUGUGCAGGAAGCCUACCCGGUGAAGCUGAAGCAGGUGCACGUCAUCAACAUCUCCCCGCUCGUCGACAAGAUCGUCAACUUCGUCAAGCCUUUCAUUAAGGACAAGAUCAAGGAGAGGAUUUUCCUCCACAGUGACGUGAAUGAGCUCUACAAACACGUGCCCAAGGAGAUGCUGCCAGCCGAGUACGGCGGCAACGCGGGGCCCAUGAAUGACCUUCACAACGCGUGGGUCAAGAAGCUGGACGAGUACACCCCCUGGUUCGCCGAGCAGGCCGACGUGAAGGCCAACGAGACCCUCCGGCCCGGCAAGCCCACCAACUACGAUGAGCUCUUCGGCAUCGACGGAUCCUUCCGUCAGCUAGUCAUCGACUAGACCAACUUACGCUGGCUGGCACGCGUAGCUGGUAGACGUUCAAUUGUUUUGGAAAAUGUUUUGAAGACCAACCCGGUUUCUAUAGCUGUCUCUGUCUACGGUUUCGAACUGUCAAUUUUUGAGUGAUGUUACUUGAAAAGGAUGGUUUGAUGUCGCGUGGGGAGGUUAGGAAAAGGGUCGCAAUGCUUCGCUUUUUAUUGGACCUACACGGCUUAGUAAAGGCAGUUGACUAUGUUAAAUAUUGAAUGUUGUUGAUAUUUCCAAAAUAAUUUAAUGUCUACUUUAAUUUGAUCUCUCUUCAGAGCCUGAAUUUUUAGCUCAAUUGUAAAUAUAAGAAUUACAAGUUCCAGUGUAUUUCAAGUAGGAUUGCUUUUCAUAGUGUCUUUGAGUCUUGUUUUAAGUCUAGGCGUCUAUUGCUAUUGCUUAAUGUUGUAUUUUCAAUGAAUUUUGAAAUGUUAUUUCCUAUAGUUUUUUAUUACUCAUAAGACAAAGAUGUUAAGUGAAACAAAAUGCUCAAAUAAAAUACUCUGUUUUUU